AUGGUGUUCCGCAACGUGGGUCGGCCGCCGGAGGAGGAGGACGCGGAGGCGGCCCCGGAGCCGGGACCUUCGGAACUGCUGUGUCCCCGGCACCGCUGUGCCCUGGACCCCAAGGCCCUGCCGCCGGGGUUGGCGCUCGAGCGGACCUGGGGCCCCGCGGCUGGACUAGAGGCGCAGUUGGCGGCUCUAGGGCUUGGGCAGCCGGCGGGGUCGGGGGUCAAGACGGUCGGUGGGGGUUGCUGCCCGUGCCCAUGCCCCCCACAGCCGCCCCCUCCGCAGCCCCAGCCGCCUGCUGCCACCCCGCAGGCCGGGGAGGACCCCACGGAAACGAGCGACGCGCUGCUGGUUCUAGAAGGGUUGGAAUCGGAGGCCGAGAGCCUGGAGACUAACAGCUGCUCGGAAGAGGAGCUCAGCAGCCCGGGUCGCGGAGGAGGAGGGGGCGGCCGGCUUCUGCUGCAGCCCCCAGGCCCUGAAUUACCCCCGGUGCCCUUCCCGCUGCAGGACUUGGUCCCUCCUGGGCGCCUGAGUAGAGGGGAGCAGCAGCAGCAACCUCCCCCGCCCCCACCUCCUCCGGGGCCCCUCCGGCCACUCGCGGGCCCUUCUCGGAAGGGCUCCUUUAAAAUCCGCCUCAGUCGCCUCUUUCGCACGAAGAGCUGCAACGGUGGCUCCGGCGGUGGGGAUGGGACCGGCAAGAGGCCUUCUGGAGAGCUGGCUGCUUCAGCUGCGAGCCUGACAGACAUGGGAGGCUCUGCGGGCCGGGAGCUAGACGCGGGGAGGAAACCCAGGUUGACAAGAACUCAAAGUGCCUUUUCUCCGGUCUCCUUCAGCCCCCUGUUCACAGGUGAAACAGUGUCGCUUGUGGACGUGGACAUUUCUCAGCGGGGCCUGACCUCUCCACACCCUCCAACUCCCCCUCCUCCUCCGAGAAGAAGCCUCAGCCUCCUAGAUGAUAUCAGUGGGACGCUGCCUACAUCUGUCCUUGUGGCUCCGAUGGGGUCUUCCUUGCAGUCUUUCCCCCUACCUCCGCCUCCUCCACCCCAUGCCCCAGAUGCAUUUCCCCGGAUUGCUCCCAUCCGAGCAGCUGAAUCCCUGCACAGCCAGCCCCCCCAGCACCUCCAGUGUCCCCUCUACCGGCCUGACUCCAGCAGCUUUGCAGCCAGCCUUCGAGAGUUGGAGAAGUGUGGUUGGUAUUGGGGGCCAAUGAAUUGGGAAGAUGCAGAGAUGAAGCUGAAAGGGAAGCCAGAUGGUUCUUUCCUGGUACGAGACAGUUCUGAUCCUCGUUACAUCCUGAGCCUCAGUUUCCGAUCACAGGGUAUCACCCACCACACUAGAAUGGAGCACUACAGAGGAACCUUCAGCCUGUGGUGUCAUCCCAAGUUUGAGGAUCGCUGUCAGUCCGUUGUAGAGUUUAUUAAGAGAGCCAUUAUGCACUCCAAGAAUGGGAAGUUUCUCUAUUUCUUAAGAUCCAGGGUUCCAGGACUGCCACCAACUCCUGUCCAGCUGCUCUAUCCAGUGUCCCGUUUCAGCAAUGUCAAAUCCCUCCAGCACCUUUGCAGAUUCCGGAUCCGACAGCUCGUCAGGAUAGAUCACAUCCCAGAUCUCCCACUGCCUAAACCUCUGAUCUCUUAUAUCCGAAAGUUCUACUACUAUGAUCCUCAGGAAGAGGUAUACCUGUCUCUAAAGGAAGCGCAGCUCAUUUCUAAACAGAAGCAGGAGGUGGAAUCCUCCACGUAGCGAGGGGCCCCCUGCUGAUCGCCACCAAGGGCAUUUGGUUGCCAAGCUCCAGUUUUGAAGAACCAAAUGAAGCUACCAUGAAAAGAAGAGAGAAGAACAAGAGGGAACAGGAAGGGUUGGGAUUCUCUGUGUAAAGAUUUUGGUUCCCCUACGCAGCCCUGGGCUUGGAAGAAGCACACAACCAUAAUUCUUUGAGUGGGGGCUCCACCGCCCACACCCGCUCCCAUAGUGUCCAGGAACUGGACGAACUCCUUGGAAAACUGGAAGAAGUCUCAACACUGUUUCUUUUUCAGAA